AUGAUUUUGGCAAGGACUUCUUUUUUUCUAGCUUCAAAGCGCUUAUAUGCGACCUACAUUCCAGGCUCAAGGCCAGUUUUCAAGCGUACAAAGCCUCAUCUUAAUGUUGGUACAAUUGGGCAUGUUGACCACGGAAAGACGACCUUACAUCUGCGAUUACGAAAGGUUAACUUUAAAUCGUUUCCGAAAGUUUUUUCUAAUUUUUAG